GAUUUCCAUGCCUCCUCUCGAAGCUUUUUGAUUCACAGUCUGGUUGAGAUCAAGCUGCAGCAGUCUGGUUUACUCCUAAACAGAUUACCGAAGAGUUGUGAACAUGUGUGGGAUCUGGGCCUUGUUCGGCAGCGACGAAUGCCUUUCCGUACAAUGUCUCAGUGCUAUGAAAAUUGCCCACAGGGGCCCCGAUGCCUUCCGAUUUGAAAACGUUAAUGGAUUUACCAACUGUUGCUUCGGCUUCCAUCGACUUGCAAUUGUUGAUCAGCUGUAUGGCAUGCAACCUCUUCGCGUCAAGAAAUUCCCUUAUUUGUGGCUUUGUUAUAAUGGUGAAAUUUACAAUUACAAACAGUUACAGAAACAUUUUGAUUUUGAAUACCAAACAAUGGUUGACGGUGAAGUUAUACUUCAUUUGUUUGAUAAAUACGGAAUUGAAAAAACCUGCUCUUUGUUGGAUGGUGUGUUCGCUUUCAUUCUGUUGGACACGGCGAACAGAAAAGUAUAUAUCGGGAGAGACUCCUAUGGUGUUAGACCCCUGUUUAAACUUCUUACCGAUGAUGGAUUCUUGGCAGUCUGCUCUGAAGCCAAAGGUCUUAUCAACGUGAAGCAUUCCAUGACCACAUGUCCAAAGGUUGACCCCUUUCCCCCAGGCCACUGUGAAGUUUUUAAUUUAAAGCCUACAGGGAAGGUGGUGCCAGUGGAAUUGAUAAAGUUUCACACCUUCAGAGAAGAACCUAACCAUGCGGAAUAUGACUCUCUUGGAAAACUGCAAUCAGGAUUUGAUCAUGAAACAGUGAAAAGGAACAUUUGUCUUCUGUUUGAAAAUGCUGUCAGGAAGCGUCUAAUGGCACACAGAAGAAUUGGCUGUCUACUUUCAGGUGGUCUGGACUCCAGCCUGGUUGCUGCCACUUUGAGGAAACUAAUGAAGGAAAACACUCUCUGUUACCCUCUACAAACCUUUGCAAUAGGUAUGGAUGAUAGCCCUGAUCUGCUUGCUGCCAGAAAGGUGGCAUCCCAUAUUGGUAGUGAGCACCACGAAGUAAUGUUUGACGCUGAAGAGGGGAUUCAAGCUGUAGAUGAGGUUAUUUUUACAUUGGAAACCUAUGACAUCACGACUGUGCGCGCCUCUGUUGGAAUGUAUUUGGUUUCCAAGUACAUAAGGAAAAAAACAGACAGCGUGGUGAUAUUUUCUGGAGAGGGUUCGGAUGAGCUUACCCAGGGUUAUAUUUAUUUCCACAAGGCACCAUCUCCUGAAGAAGCAGCAGAAGACAGUGAGCGCCUGCUAAGGGAACUGUACUUAUUUGAUGUGCUCCGUGCUGACAGGACGACAGCUGCGCAUGGCCUAGAGCUCCGAGUGCCAUUUCUGGAUCAUCGAUUCACGGCGUAUUAUCUGUCUUUGCCUCCAGAACUCAGGACUCCUAAGAAUGGAAUUGAAAAAUCCCUCCUGAGGGAAGCAUUUGAAGACUCCAACCUGCUGCCCAAAGAGAUUCUGUGGAGGCCCAAGGAAGCAUUUAGCGAUGGUUUAACAUCUGUCAAGAAAUCUUGGUUUACAAUACUUCAGGAGCACAUUGAACAACAGGUGGAUGACAUUAUGAUGGAGAAAGCAUCUGAGAAAUUUCCUUUUAAUACACCAAAGACAAAGGAAGGCUACUUUUAUCGUCAAAUGUUUGAAAAAUACUACCCAGGACGUGCUGGUUGGUUGACCCAUUACUGGAUGCCACGAUGGAUCAAUGCCACUGACCCGUCUGCCCGCACAUUAAAGCAUUACAAGUCUGACACAACUGCAUAGGAGUCUUGAGACAUAAAUGAUUUAUUCCUUUUUAAUCAUUUAAUGAAAUUCUUGUGUGGCCGCAGUUUUGGUCAAUAAAACAUUUUACAUUUCCA